GAGAGAGAGAGAGAGAGAGAGAGAGAGAGAGAGAGAGAGAAAGCAGUGUCACCAGCAUCAAGUCACCACCACCACCACGUUAGUCAUUGGAGCGCUGCCCUACAACAGAUCAGGCGGGGUCAGGAAUGGGGGUUCUUCUCGCGUUCAACAUCGCUCUGUGGAUUACAGCUGUGCAGGGCAGCAUUGACGUCAGAGGCUACGCAAGAGGAAGUGUGAAGAUCAAGUGUGCAUACCAAUCCCCCACCUACUCCAACCAGCCCAAGUACUUCUGCAAGCGUGAAGGGACUGACUGUAGGCGUCUCGUCGUGUCUAGUGCCCCCCACAGGUUGGUGAAGGACGAUAGAGCAGCCAUAUGUGACAGUGGAGAAGGGUAUUUCACAGUCAGUCUGUCACAGCUAACCCUAAAGGAUGCUGGGAGAUAUGAGUGCGGUGUGGAUCUCAAGUCAUCAGGUGGCGAUAAUGUCACUGAGGUCAACCUGUUCGUGGGAGACGCUCUGAAUGUAACCGGUUACGUGGGAGGAAAGGUCUAUGUCAAGUGUGGUACGGGCUAUGUCACCAACACCCGCAGCCUCUGCAAAAGCACGGAUGACGACGCUGACCCGACAAUGCACCUGGACGACAAGGUUUGGGUCAAAAACGGCAGAUGCACAAUGUACAACAACCGCUCGGGAAACACCAUCCUAGGCUUUGCCAACCUGAACACACAAGACACGGGACAACACGCUUGUGGUGACACAGGGACUGGGGACCCGCUGACAAACAUCAACAUGGUGAUCAAGGAUGCUGGUUUCCCGGGAUACGUCAAGCGUAUGGCAGUAGCUGGCGAGAACAUCAACAUCACCUGUCCAUACCUGGACGCUCACGUGCGUGGUGGCAAGUUCUUCUGUGGUCCCCACGGCAACAAAGACUGUCGCUACACGGUGACGGCACGAGGUGACCGCAUCUGGACCCGUCUGUCGAGUACGCUCAGUCUCUAUGACGACCGUAAUGCAAGGGUCUUCACGGUCACUAUGAGGGACUUUGACAUCCACCAGGCUGGCUCCUACUGGUGUGGCCUGGAGAUGGACUGGGAGGGCAAUGGGUACAAAGUGCUCAUCACUCGUGUCGAACUCACUCUGAAAACAAUUCCAAAAACAACUCCAACACCAACAACAACAUUGCCAGAUGUGGAUGAGUGUGUGGAGAGUCCUCUUGUGUGUGGUCCAAAUGGCACCUGCAUAAACACACCUGGCAGCUACACCUGCACCUGUCCACCAGGGUUUAAUAACUAUGGAAACAGCAGUGCACCUUGUGAAGAACUGGCAAGAGUUAUCAAGAAGGACUGCCAGGGCUCCAAUAUAGAUUGUAAACUGAACUUCUUGAAUUCGUCAUUGUCCACAACUCUGCCAGAGAAGACAGUGUCCAAUCUCCUAGAUGUUUUGCUGGACUCUCCUCCAGACAGACUGGCCUCCAAGGGAGAUGCUGUGCUUCAGUCCAGUGAGGACCUGGUGUCCACUCUGAUCAAACCCACAUUCACCCAGUCCAGCACAAACUUCACCACUAACACCACAGAGGUGAAGAUCCUGAGUGUUGGACCAAAUACCUCCGUGGCUGGAAUGCCUAAAUUGGUGACUGCCAAUGUCAGUGUUGACAUCGACCUCUUGGGCAUUGCGGACAACAACAAUGGUUCAGCGUCUGUGGGCAUUAUGGUGUUCGACAACAUGCAGGAGGCUCUCAAUGCCAGCUUCUUCAAGACCAAAAGCAACAAAACAGCCGAUGUGAUCUCCAACGUCGUGUCUGUCAUCUUGCCAAACACACUCAACAAGACGCUACCGACUCCGGUCAACAUCAGCAUAAAGCACCUCAAGCAUACAACCGCUGAUGACGAGGUGUUCUGUGUCCACUGGGAUGCCAAUUCUUGGAUUCAAGAUGGCUGCCGAGUCAGUAUGACCAACUCAACUCACACCGUCUGCUCUUGCCAAUACCCUUCUACCUUCGCCCUGAUCAUGACUGUGAAUCCAACACAAAAGAGUGACCCUGUGAUGAACAUUCUGAACACUGUCUUGGUGCUGAUUGGCCUGCUCUUCCUGACCUUGGCGGUGAUGACCUUUGCCCUCUGUCGAUGGAACCCCAGGGUGUCCAACGUGGCUCGCCUGAACCUGUGUGUGUGUCUGCUGCUGGCCCACACCCUCUUCCUGCUCACACAGAGCUUCCUCCAACGAAUCAGGGCCCACCAGGCUCUGUGUAAGACCCUGGCUGGCGUCCUGCACUACCUCUUCCUGUGUUCCUUCGUCUGGAUGUCCAUAGAGGCCGUGAUGCUCUUCCUGUCUGUACGGAAGCUCAGGCAGGUCAAACCAGUCGAGUGGGCGGGACUACACUGGAAGGUCAGCCUCCUGAUUGGCUACGGGAUCCCGCUAGUCAUCGUUGGUGUGUCUGCUGGAGUGAACCCUGAAGGACACGGAAGCGCAAACUGUUGGCUUAAGGAGGGGUUUGCCUGGAGUUUCCUUGGCCCUGUGUGUUUCCUGCUUGUGGGCAAUGUCAUCCUCUUUCUCACCAUCCUCAUCAGCAUCCAGUCCACCCUGAAGGAGGCCCGCAGUGAUAUCUCCACUAUCAAAUACACCCGAGGUCUGCUGAUCAAAAUUACUGUCCAGUUCCUCAUCCUGGGUUGCCCCUGGUUACUGGGCAUGGGGGCAGCCACAAGUCGAGUUCUAGAGGUUCUCUUCCUGUUCCUCACCUCCCAGCAAGGAACCGCCAUCUUCCUCAUCCACUGCCUCCUCAACGCGGAGGUGCGUCGGCAGUACCGGACGUGGUGGCUCAGGUUCCAUCCGUACGGCAAAGUGUUAUCAUCCUCCAGGACAGCUUCCUUUAGCAUGACGCGGCGACCCACCUUCUCGACCUCCAACGCACACCACACACACGCACACACCAUCGCCCCCUCAAAUACACACCACACAAACACACACACCAUCGUCAACUCAAACGCACACCAUACACACUCACAUGAACACAAUCAAGAUACUAUAACCAACUUAGAGACACACACCACCAGCAACUCCGAUGAACACCACACAAAUACUAUAGCCAGCUUAGAUACACAGACCAUCUCCACUAACACAAACACACACACGUCACUCAUACCAAAAGAAUAGGAAAUGGACUAUAAACACACACACACACAC